AUGAAGCCGCCCGGCAGCAUCUCCCUGCGGCAGCCUCGCUGCGGCCGCCGCCUCCCCGCCGCCGCCUGCCGCCCCACGCUCCUGCCGCAGCUCGGCCGCCUCGUCUCGCUGCUCCUGCUCCUUCAUGGCUCCUCCUGCCCCCGGGCCCGCGCCGCUGCAGCGGCCGCCGGUGGGUAUGACGACCUGCAUUGGAAUGAAACGGCAGGCGGUAUAGAGGGAGUUCUGGCAGAUGAAGAGAAUACGUUUCAACAGAAUAAAAGCAGUAACAGUAAAAAUAACAGCUACAGCAAUGCAAUCCAGAAAGAAAUCACACUGCCUUCAAGACUAAUCUAUUACAUCAACAGAGACUCUGAAACCCCUUACCAUAUCCUGGAUACUAGGGCAAGGCACCAGCAGAAACACAACAAGGCUGUACAUCUGGCCCAGGCAAGUUUCCAGAUUGAGGCCUUUGGCUCCAAAUUCAUCCUUGACCUCACAUUGAAUAAUGACUUGUUAUCUUCCAAUUAUGUGGAGAUUCACUAUGAAGAUGGAAAACCAAAGUUUUCUAAGGGUGGAGAGCAUUGUUACUACCAUGGAAAUAUCAGAGGUAUCAAGGAUUCCAAAGUUGCUCUUUCAACUUGUAAUGGACUUCAUGGCAUGUUUGAAGAUAGUACUUAUUUGUACUUGAUAGAACCCAUGGAUCUGACCCACAGUGCAGAAAGUAAAAGCAGGCCACAUAUCAUCCAAAGAACUUAUGGAACACAAGUCUCCAAGCAGUUGCAGGACCUUGAGACUGAAUCUAGUUCUGAAUGGCCCUUUCUGUCUGAACUACAGUGGCUGAGGAGAAAGAGAAGAAAAAGAGCAGUAUCUCGUGGUAUCUUUGAAGAAAUGAAAUAUCUGGAGCUCAUGAUAGUCAAUGACUAUAAAAUGUUCAAAAAGCACCGUUCUUCAAAUGCAUACACAAACAAUUUUGCAAAGUCUGUGGUAAACCUUGUAGAUGCUAUAUACAAGGAACAGCUGAACACCAGGGUGGUUCUUGUUGCUGUGGAAACUUGGACAGACAGAGAUCGUAUUAAUAUACACCCUGACCCUCUGCAGAUGCUUCAUGAUUUCUCCAAAUAUCGACAGCACUACAUCAAACAGCACGCUGAUGCUGUGCACCUGCUCUCGAAUGUGACAUUUCAUUAUAAGAGGAGCAGCUUAAGUUACUUUGGAGGGGUUUGCUCUGUGACCAGAGGAGUAGGAGUGAAUGAGUAUGGUCUCCCUUUGGCCAUGGCCCAGGAACUAGCACAAAGUCUUGCUCAGAACCUUGGAAUACAGUGGGAGCCAGCUGCCAGGAAACCGAAGUGUGACUGCACUGAAUCCUGGGGUGGUUGCAUCAUGGAGGAAACAGGGGUAUACCAUUCCAGGAAAUUCUCCAAAUGCAGCAUUGCAGAAUACAAAGAAUUCUUACUUCGUGGAGGAGGUGCCUGUCUUUUCAACAGGCCAACAAAGCUCUUUGAAACCACUGAGUGUGGAAAUGGAUAUGUAGAAGCAGGAGAAGAAUGUGAUUGCGGUUUCCGAAUGGAAUGCUAUGCAGACUGUUGUAAGAAGUGCUCUCUUUCUAAUGGAGCCCAUUGUAGUGAUGGACCCUGCUGUAAUACAUCAUGUCUUUUUUUCCCACGAGGCUAUGACUGUCGAUAUGCAGUGAAUGAAUGUGAUAUCGCAGAGUUCUGCACUGGAGAUUCUGGCCAGUGUCCACCAAAUCUUCAUAAACAAGAUGGGUAUGCCUGUGAUUCUAAUCAGGGUCGUUGCUAUAAUGGUGAAUGCAAGACAAGAGAUAAUCAGUGCAAAUAUAUCUGGGGAUCUAAGUCUUCAGGAUCUGACAAAUUUUGUUAUGAAAAGCUUAAUACAGAAGGCACAAAAAAAGGAAACUGUGGAAAGGAUGGAGAUCGAUGGAUUCAGUGUAGCAAACAUGAUGUUUUCUGUGGCUUUUUGCUUUGUACUAAUCUUACUAGAGUUCCACGAGUUGGUCAAGUUCAAGGAGAAAUUAUCCCAAAUUCUUUUUAUCAUCAAGGACGAAUAGUGGACUGCAGUGGUGCUCAUGUUCUUUUAGAUGAUGAUACAGAUUUAGGUUAUGUGGAGGAUGGAGCUCCAUGUGGACCUCACAUGAUGUGUCUGGACAAAAAGUGCCUGCCGAUUCAGUCCUUGAACAUAAGCAGCUGUCCCAUUGGCUCUAAUGCAAAAGUCUGUUCCGGUCAUGGGGUGUGUAGUAAUGAGGCCACUUGCAUUUGUAAUUUCUCCUGGGCUGGGACAGACUGCAGUAUUGAUGAUCCUAUCAGGGAUACUGGUAGCAAGAAGGAUGAAGGACCCAAGGGUCCUAGUGCCACCAAUCUUAUAAUAGGCUCCAUCGCUGGUGCCAUCCUGGUAGCAGCUAUUGUCCUUGGGGGGACAGGAUGGGGCUUUAAGUUAUCAGAUGUUCAUAUGAACAUACGGUACUGUGGUGUCAAGUCCAUAUCAAACAAAUGUCAAAAAACGAAGGUUCGAUCCAAGUCAACAAGGCCCUAUCUGAAGAAAUGCGAUACAAAAAGCUGCUUCUUGCACUACUGGAUUUUGGGUAUGAUGUCUUUGCUGUAG